CGGGGUGUGGUGUGGCGCGUCCACUCACUCACGCCCAGAAGAGUUUUUCCGAGCGGACUUGGGCUGUACGUCCUUCUCGUCCUUUCUCGCUUCUCACCCGGUGUGACAGCUGCAGCUCUGCGACCAUCUCCUAGGAAGAAAAAAACAACCAACUUCUUUCAAAAUGGCCAGCCGAGGAACCGUGAAAGCCAGCGCCAACUUUAACGCCAGCGCCGACGCCGAAGCCCUCUACAAGUCUAUGAAAGGCUUGGGCACCGACGAGGAAACCAUCUUGCAGCUGCUGACGUCCCGCAGCAACGCCCAGCGACAGCAGAUCACCGCCGCCUACAAGACGCUCUUUGGAAAGGAUCUGAUCCAAGACUUGAAGGGUGAACUGGGGGGGAAAUUUGAGAGGCUAAUCGUGGCGCUGAUGACGGCGCCCCUGGCCUACGACGUCACGUGCCUCCGCAAUGCCAUCAAGGGGGCGGGCACGGACGAGAAGGUUCUGGUGGAGAUCCUGGCCUCCAGGAGCGCUCAACAGGUCAAGGACAUCGUCGCCGCCUAUCGGCAAGAGUACGAUGACGACUUGGAGGAGGACGUCUCAGGGGACACCUCGGGUCACUUCAAGAGGCUCCUGGUCAUUCUACUCCAGGCCAACAGGCAGACCGGCGUCCAAGAGGCAAACGUCCAGACGGACGCCGAGGUCCUGUUCAAGGCCGGCGAGCACAAGUUCGGCACGGACGAGCAGACCUUUGUCACCAUCUUGGGGAACCGCAGCGCGCAGCACCUCAGGAAAGUGUUUGACGCUUACAUGAAGCUGUCAGGAUACGAGAUGGAAGAGAGCAUCAGGAGGGAAACGUCCGGAAGUCUCAGGGAGCUCAUGCUCGCCGUCGUCAAGUGCGCCAGAAGCAUCCCGGCCUACUUUGCCGAGACUUUGUACUACGCCAUGAAGGGGGCCGGAACCGACGACGACACGCUGAUCCGGGUGAUGGCCACUCGCGCCGAGGUGGACAUGUUGGACAUCCGAGCAGAGUUCAGGAGGAUGUUCGCGGGCUCUCUCCAUUCCAUGAUCAUGAGCGACACGAGCGGCGACUACCGCAAGGCUUUACUCCUCCUCUGCGGCGGGGACGACGCGUAACCGUGGCGACGUGGGUCAAACCCGAGGCAGCCGAGCUCGGCGGAAGUUACUUAACGUGUCACACGGGGGCGCUUUUUCAACUCUCGUAGCUAUGGAAGUAUUGCGUUCACUUGGGGGGGAAAAACUCAUUUGGGAAUCAUUUAUUUUGGCUAGAGUGUUUUUUUCCGUUUUUUUUUUUUCCCCCCCAGUUUUUUUGGGGAAAUUUCUGUUUUUCUGAGUAAUUUUUCUGAUUAUAUUUUCUGUUUUAAUAUUUCAUUGUUUUUCUGAGUUUUUUAAAUAUAUUUGCUUGUUUCUGGAUUUUGCGCUAUUUUUCUGUUGUUUUGUUUUGAAUAUCCUGUUUUUUCUGAGUUUUUUUCAGCAUAUUUUGUUUUUCUGAAUAUUUUCCUUUUUUUCUGGAUUUUGUUGUUUUUCUGAGUAUUUUGAGUUUUUUUUUAUCUCUUUUUCAGAUGUCUUUCUGUUAGGCUCAAUAUUUUUUUUUAUUCUGUUUUCUUCUGUGUUUCUCAGAGCAAAAAAACCCUCAAAAUAAAAAAUACUCAGGGGGAAAAAAAUCUCAAAACUUGAUUUCUUUUCAGUGCACCCCCUAAAAUAAAUGACUCCACUUUUUUGUUUUUCAAGUGAAAGCAAUACACUUCUUGAUCUUUGAAAGUUUCUGCUUUCUAACCGACGGUCCACUAAUUUCACCGAUGAUUCCCAUUCUAUGUUUGCACUUGACAUUCCACUCACUAAUAAACUUUUCACUUGAUGAAGUGA